AUGCGCUCAAUCUUCAGCUCGUCGUUGGUCGCCGCCCUCACCGCUCUGCUCCUCGUUACCCCCGUCGUUCGCGGCCAGGACCCACCGUCGACUUCCGACUCUGACGUCGAAAGCACUACAACUUCUUCCUUCCCAAUUUCCGUCUCCCGCACAACAGGUUCUAUCACCCUCGCUGUCCCAACCACUGUCUCUGGCCGUGCAACAGAGAUCACCACCGUCGUCCCAAACGUUUUUAAUGUCACCUAUACCCUCACGCCAUCUGCAACGAGCUCCCAAGAACCCUCCUCGACCGCCGACCCAUCGGCGUCAGCGUCAGCAUCGGAGACGCCAGAGCCAAUAGUUCUGGACACACGGCUGGACCCCGCGUUUGGUGUUCUGGGUGCAAUCCUUAUUUUGACCGGGUUGCCCUCGGCGUUUUGGGGACACAAAAAUCGAUGGACUUCCUUCUUUUUGAUCGGCUUUUACACCUUAUCGCUUGUAUGCAUCGUCCUCAUCCUCAAAUUUGGCGUUCUCCCCGCCAUCAACCCUCCUAGCAAGACAGUCCGUGGCAUGUUCGUUCUGGCAUGUACGAUCGCUGGGGUUGCAGGUGGUGCAAUCGCCAUCUUCUUCUGGAAGGGAGCACGCUACGGUAUUGGUGCUUGGGGUGGAUUCGCACUAGCUUUGUGGAUCCAGUGCUUCAACAACGGUGGCCUCAUCAAACCCAUAGGGUUCAGAUGGAUACUCUACAUCGGUUGUGGCGUUGCUGGAUUUGCAUUAUGUACAAUCCCAAAGAUUCACUACCAUGUCCUUCUCGUUUCCACGGCCUUCGUCGGUGCUACAUCCUUUAUGCUUGGAGUAGACUGUUUCACUACUGCCGGACUCAAGGAGUUCUACAUCUGGAACCUCGGCUUUCCGGCACUCUUUCCAAAGUUCAUCAAGAAUAAGAUCCAAUUCCCGGUGACCCAGCAGAUGCAGAUUGAACUGGGCCUCACAGGGGCUGUGGCUCUGAUGGGCAUGGCCGUGCAGUUCCGCAUUCUCAAGGUUCUUCAGAGGAAACUGGCGGAGAUUGCAGCAGAGGAGAGGAAGCGUGACGAGGAGGCUGAAAUGGAGGCCUCGAAACGCUUUGACGACGUCAAGCGAGAGCAAAUGCAGUGGGAACGAGAACACCCAACUCUCCCCAAGCACGGAAGGCAGGAUAGUGCUCAUUCGGGUGUUCCACUCAUGCGUGAGAAGGAUAGGGAGGGCUCUUCCACCCCAACCACCAACGAUCGACUCAGCACCUACAUGGAAGGAGGUCAGCGACAACGUGCACUGUCCGGGCUCUCGGACUUCAAGGUUGCCCCAACCAAUGAGGAGGAACUCCGCAGAGCUUCUCGAUACAUGCAGAAUCCGGGUGUUCUACCCACCCUCGACCUGGGCCUCGGGAUACAGGAGGACGUGCCUGCUAACUUUAUCGCUUCCAAGAGCGGCGAUGUCCCAAUCACCUCCUUCAAGGCAUCCGACGUCGCGACGGUAGUCGCGAACGAAAUGGCCAAGUCCAAAAGCGAACUCGAGGACCUGCGAAAGAAGGAAGAGCUACUUGCCGAAAUUCAGAACAUCCGCAAGAGUAUCGACGUUCUCAAGUCAGAAACACCCCUCUCCACCGCAGAUCCUUCGCGAAGACCGUCUCUUUCUUCGAGGCGAACCUUGAGCGUCGACGCCAAUCAUGCGCUGGUUCCCUCUGGCUCCCUUCAAUUCACCCAUACCCGCCCCCCUCGCGCGACAGACCCUCACAGCGGCAGUCGGGCACGAUCGCAUUCGAUGGAGUUUUCUGCUUUGACAAGUCGACUUGGAGGGUUUGGUCUUCCUGAUCCCAUCAGCCGGCCAACGAGCGUUCCACUACAGGACCCCGACUGGGACAACUAUAUUCAGGAAAGGAAGCUCUUGCAACCGCCAUCGGGAGUUACUCCUCCCAUUCCUACCACUCCUUUGCCCACCCCACGCGGCCCUCUCCCUGCAGCUGUACAAGAUGCUUUGACCAAGCGUAAGCAACGAGAGAGCACCGUACUCUAUGCAGGUCAAGCUGGCAGUGGAAGUGGACGCGAAAGCGAUGGGGCCGGCUCUUCAGCAGACGAUUUACCGCUCUCCAAGAUCGCGGGUCCUAAACCACGCUCUAAUCUCCCAAUCCCUCCGCAACUCCAGUCGCACAACCGUCAAAGUAGCACGGGUAGCCAUGCGCCGCCACCAGUGACGAUUCUUCCCCCUCGGCGUGCAUCUGCGACCAUCGCGGCCCCUGCGCCUCAGCAUCAUUCGCCGUCUCCCAUCGUCAAAACCUUCGAGGAGCUCAACGAACGACAUCGGGAGAAGAUGAGGGAUAUCCAAGCUCCUCUGACUAGGGCCGAAAGGGAACAGAUCGAACUGGCAGCAGCUAAGCAGAGAUGGGAGCGUAACAAGGCUAUUGAGAAGGAGGCCAUGGAGAAGAGGGAGAAAGAACAACGGGAGAAGCAGAAGAGAAGGCAGAGUGAUGAUGCGAAGUUGCGCAGUGCAGGUGAUAGCAGGCGACGCCAUUCGAGGAGUAUGAGUGGUGACCGUCUGGGUAUGGGGGGCCAUCACGAAUCAUCGUCUCGCCGUUUGUCAACCAUGAAGGUGGAGGAUUGGCAACGGUACCAACAAGAGGUCGCCAAAUCCAAUGAUGUUGCUCCACUUGGGAAAGGACUCGGCCCCAUAGCUCCUAGCGCCCCUUCACCAUCCGGGAUGAGACGCACCUCGAGGAGCUUGUCUGCAAGUCUGCAAGCUGGAAUCCCGUUCCCCGCAGACGGACGGAUAAAGGCGAGAGACCCUGUGAGCUAAAUACUCAACCUUCCACCUUUUUUUUUCUUCUCUCCACUCGCUAUCGUUCACAAUUCCCCUCGUUUUACAGACACUUGGACUCUUUUGCUGCUAUACCCUAUCUUGGACACGUACUGCAUUACCCUUAUCACUAUCACAUUACUUCGACUUCCUACACAUAGCAUCGUGACUGGGACGAUUUGAACUGUUUGUUCUUCCAGCCUCAUCCACUAUCUCGAUACAUACCGCUUUUUAUUCGCCCUUUCCCCUUCGUUUACGAUUUUGUCACGUCAUCAUGCCUCUCUUCCUAUGCAGUCGGACUGUUGAAUUGUGUCUUCCCCUGUUGUAUGUAUUUCGUGGGGACAUCCGCUGUGUUUACUGUAAAAUACUAGACUACUUAACAUCUUUGCCGAUUC